AUGAGGUCCUGUCACCUGCCAUUCAUCCUUCCACCUGCAUUCAUCCUUCCACCUGCAUUCAUCCUUCCACCUGCAUUCAUCCUUCCACCUGCAUUCAUCCUUCAAACUUCCAUUCAUCAUUCCACCUGCAUUUAUCCUUCCACCUGCCAUUCAUCAUUCCACCUGCAUUUAUCCUUCCACCUGCCAUUCAUCCUUCCACCUGCCAUUCAUCCUUCCACCUGCCAUUCAUCAUUCCACCUGCCAUUCAUCAUUCCACCUGCCAUUCAUCAUUCCACCUGCAUUUAUCCUUCCACCUGCCAUUCAUCCUUCCACCUGCCAUUCAUCCUUCCACCUGCCAUUCAUCCUUCCACCUGCCAUUCAUCCUUCCACCUGCCAUUCAUCCUUCCACCUGCCAUUCAUCCUUCCACCUGCCAUUCAUACUUCCACCUGCCAUUCAUACUUCCACCUGCCAUUCAUCUGUCUGCCUGCCAUUCAUCCUUCCACCUGCCAUUCAUCUGUCUGCCUGCCAUUCAUCCUUCCACCUGCCAUUCAUCUGUCUGCCUGCCACUCAUCCUUCCACCUGCCAUUCAUCCUUCCACCAGCCAUUCAUCCUUCCACCUGCCAUUCAUCCUUCCACCAGCCAUUCAUCCUUCCACCAGCCAUUCAUCCUUCCACCUGCCAUUCAUCCUUCCACCUGCCAUUCAUCCUUCCACCUGCCAUUCAUCCUUCCACCUGCCAUUCAUCCUUCCUCCAACCUGCCAUUCAUCCUACCCUCUAUGA